AUGGUGCCAGCGGAAGGCGGUGACGGAUUUCUGAGAGCUUACUCAAUCGAAGCUCAGAGCUUCGACCAGGCACCCUUUGGCACGCGUCCUUUGGAAAUCCCCGCCGUUUCGCUUCCCAUCUCCCGAUUUUCCAUCCGUCUGCUCCUUGGUACCUUUUCUACUUUGGCCGCCGUCACCAUGUCCGGAAGUGCAGGUUACGACAGACAUAUCACGAUCUUUUCAGACCAGGGCCGCCUGUAUCAAGUGGAAUAUGCAUUCAAAGCCAUUACUGCUGCAAAUAUCACCUCGCUUGGGGUGAGAGGAAAGAACUGUGCUGUGGUGUUGUCCCAGAAGAAAGUCGCUGAUAAAUUGAUCGAUCCGACCUCCGUUUCACAUAUCUUCAAGCUUUCUCCUUCCGUUGGCUGCGUUAUGACCGGCUCCAUAGCCGAUGCUCGAGCAAGUGUCGACCGUGCUCGUGGGGAGGCGGCAGAGUUCCGAUACAAGUUUGGCUACGAGAUGCCUUGUGAUGUUCUUGCCAAGCGACUGGCCAAUAUCAACCAGGUCUACACACAAAGGGUCGGUUUUCUCUCUCCUUUGCACCACCUGGGUGAUAUUGUGGAACUUAAGGGAUAUACUAAAGUUAAAUCUGGGUCGCAGGCUUACAUGCGUCCGCUAGGAGUUGCCAUGACUUUGAUCUCGGUGGAUUCCGAGAAGGGGCCCCAACUUUAUAAAUGUGAUCCCGCAGGGUACUAUGCCGGAUACAAGGCCACUGCAUCCGGUCCCAAGCAGCAGGAGGGGCUCAACCACUUGGAAAAGAAACUGAAGAACAAGGACUACGCCGAAGGCAGCUGGGAAGAGGUCGUUGAGUUGGGCAUCACAGCGCUGAGUAAUGUGCUGAGCGUCGAUUUCAAGAAGCACGAGUUGGAAAUUGGAAUCGUCGGCGGCCCUCGGACAGAUGGCCAGGAGGGAACAGACCUUGGAUUCCGCGCUCUGACGGAAGAUGAGAUCGAGGAGCGGCUGCAGGCCAUUAGCGAGAAGGAUUGA